UCACAGCGUCUAGUCUGCCGGAAAAUCACACAAAGACGUGACCAAGAACAAUUUCCAAGUUAGCGUUUUUAUUGUUGUUAUUUAAACCUUUGUUAACACUCUUGAACUCAAAAUAUGACUAAUUUAACUGCACAGCGUCACAUAUUUACCCCACGUACUGUUUAAUUCGCGUUGGAGACAGGACUUGGUUGAUACAUGGUAUAUAGGUAACGCUAGCUGCUAACGUUAGCUAACAAUGGCUAACUGUAUGGUUUUUCACACUCAAAUAGCCUCCAUCAUGGAGGUGCUAGCGAAUGCAGCCGUGGCAGAGAUUUGUAAACUCGUAGACGACGACUAUGCAGUGUUUCGUUUGGAAAUAACUCAAAGCCAGAAAGAAAACAGAGCAUUGCGGAGGAAACUACUGGAACUGAAGGUGGCACGGGAGCGCGCAGAGAGGACAAUGCGAGAGCGCGUCCUCGCCAGUCGUCCCAGUAGUGUCAGAUACAGAGCACUGGCAAGAGGUGAAGGCCACAGGAGUUUUGUGAAGCCAGCGGGACACAAUACAUGGAGAGAUGACCAACCAAUCACUGUUGAUGAGGGGAGUGGAACCUCAACCCAGCAUGUUAUUGUGAUAGAGUCUGCAGAGGCUUCGGUUCUAGGGAUCAAGCAGGAGAGGUCUGAAGGAGAGGAGGAGCCACGGCACAGCAGAAACAUCCAGACUGGAGCGCCCCCUAUAGCCACAGAGAAUCCCACCACCACCCCAGUGCAGCCCAGGACCCGAUGCAGCAUCACGGAGGAGGGGGAGGGUCCAGAGGUGCUGCUGGUGAAGGAGGAGGGGUGUGAGGAGGGUCUGGGGAACCCUGAAGGGACCAUGAUCAUGGAGGUCAACCCGACUACACCUCCUGAACGCACAGAGGAACCAGCUGAGCAGCACAGGACCACACACAGUCUCACUGAGCCAGUAGACAUGGAGGAUGGGAAGCCUGAUCUGCUGCUGGUCAAAGAGGAGACAAUAGAAGAUGAACCAGAGAGCAUUGACCUGCUGAGUGGACUAAAGAUGGGGGAGCAAGGUGGUUGGCUGGAGACUGAUAGUGGAGACUGGGCGGCCAUCUUGGAUUACCAGACGGGUGCAGCCAAGGGCCCAGGGGACGACAUCACAGAGCAGGCCAGGACCAAAGGCGACAUAGUUGAGUCUGAGGUCCAUGAGGACCUGCUGAUAUCCGGUGUUGCUGGCUGGAAAUACUGGACCUCUGAGGUGGCUGGUCACAAACCCUGGCCCCGGAUCAGAACCCUGGAUCAGGAGCCAUCGCUCUUCCUUCCCGAGUCGGAGCCAGGACCCAACCUAGAGGGGCAGAGACUCCACCACCACACAGAACACAACCAGUGGACAGAGGGACUGAACAACCUCAGUCCUGGUGGUCAUCAGAGAGACAGAGGCUCCAGUCAGGGAUCCAGUCUGCAGCCCAGACCCUUCUCUUCACAGUCUCAGUGCAGGGAUGAAGCAGGACCUGAGGCUGAUAGAGAUAGACCCUCCUGUUCCUAUGAUACAAACACCACAGUAUCCAUGAUGAACAGAGCAGGUCACCCUGGGCUUCAGCCUUCACAGAGAGUGAUGGGAGACCCCCCUGGUGGUAGUCUAACAGGAAGUCUGUCUUCUCCUUCAGGUUCUCGUCUAAUGCCUUGUGACUGGGUUCAUAGAAGGCCUGGGACUGGACCUGGAUCUAGCCUUCCUCAGUUACCUCAGGGUUACCCCACCAAUACAGACAGGGUCAGGAUGGGUGUUCACCACAAGAGGUACCUAGCCUAUAACACAGCACACAAUCCCAACAACACCCAAACAAUGGCUAAAGGUCAAGGAGGGAGCUCAAAGACUAACAACCUGAGGGCGGUGGCUCCUGCUUCUACCUCCUCUGGUGUCAUUGGGUCACAACGUAAGAGGCCAAGCAAUAGGACGGACGCCGACAAGCUGUUCUCCUGCUCCACGUGUGGGAAGCGCUUUGCUGAGGCAAGCUAUGUGAAGGAGCACCAGACCGUUCACACCAAGGAGAGGCCCUUCAAGUGCAAACUAUGUUACAAGAGCUUCUCUUUCCGGAGUAGCCUUAUCAGACAUAGGAGUGUCCACAAUGGGGAGAAAUCAUAGCAGUGUGUCUUCAGAUGUACGCAGGGGAUGUCUGGAAACCAUUCUUUAGCUGACAUAUUAUAGUUAUCAUGUGAAGUGUCCUGGAGUAAGAGCAGUGGUGUUCUGGAGGGUGUACGCAGGUGGCCGCAUACCCACUUAUUUUUCAGUGGGCAAUGAGUAUAGUCCCUUCUUAAUCCCCACGAUGCCUAUCAAAGUAGUGCAGUUGAGGUAUAGACUGUGUCAAUAAAGCUGAUGGAGCAGAUCUAGAAUGUUUAUCUUACAAUGUUGAUCAUUUAUUAUUUAUUCACAUCUUCGCAAUGUGCACACGGUGGUAGGCCUACGGGCAAAUGAUCCAAAAUGCAAUUUGUGGGGGAAAAAACUUGGCUACUUCAAAAUGGAGAUCGACUCAGUGGCGCUGCCCAUGCUGCCACAGACGCCAUAAUGGCACGGAUACAAUGAUGAGGCCUCUUUCCAUAUCUAAGUUUUGGCCUGACUGUGAAAGACCAAUAUGGAUUCUAUCAUUUUAGGUCAUUGAGUGUAUGUCACUGUUUCACAUUAAAACAAUUACACAGGG